AAAUCCGAUUUCUGUAACAUAAAAUACAUAGUCAUGGGCGUGGAUGUAGAAGUUCUUUCUCCUGGAGAUGGUAAUUAUUCUGUACACGAUAUUCUGUGAUCUUUCACUUUUCUUUUUCGCUACUUCUUUCUUUUCGAAUUACAUAUCGGUGAUUCUUUUUUUUUAUUUAACUUCGGUUGAUUUUCGUUAAUUAUAUAUGCCGGAGAGUUUAGUCGACAAGAUUCAUUUACAACCUGAAAAUCUAUGAAAAGCAUGCUUUCUCGAUGGUCCAUUCCAAAUAAGGUGAUUUCGAUCUUUACUCAAUGCGUUCAGCGAUUGUAUCAAGUUUUAGUAUUUUGUACUUUUCAUUUAUAAUGUAGCGAUUUUUGUAACGAUGCUUUGUCUGUGCAGGCCAGACAUAUCCGAAAACCGGACAAACUGUAGUUGUCCAUUAUACAGGUAAAUGUUUUUCAAGUUAUUUCCAUUGAAAUAUAUGUAUAUAUAUUGAAAUAAAUAUACAUUGAUAAUGAAUUUUAAAAAUAAAAAAUAACAUUUAAUAUCACGAUCGAAUUACAUUAAAUUAAAUUUUUAUUAAAUAAAAUAUAGCUUUUUAUAAUUUAUAAUUUUAUAAAAUAUUAAUUAUUAAAUGUCUAAUAGGUACACUUGACAACGGGAAGAAAUUUGACUCAAGCAGGGACCGUGGAGUACCAUUUAAAUUCAAAAUAGGUAAAGGAGAAGUUAUCAAAGGCUGGGACCAAGGUGUUGCUCAAAUGUGUGUCGGAGAACGAGCAAAGCUAACUUGCACACCAGAUUUUGCCUAUGGUAGCCGUGGGCAUCCUGGAGUAUAUCCUUUAAUACAAUAUAAACAUUUAUAAUAUUAUCAAUUUCAGAGAUAAACAUAAGGCAAAACCAUACAAUUGAAUUUUAUGAUUUAUUUAAAUUAUCCACAGUGCAAAAAGGAAUUAGUGUAAAUUCUUAUAUUUUGUGUAAUAUUUGCAUAUUAUUAGUAAUUGAAAUUAAAUUAAUGUAUGAAAUUGAUACUAAUAACUAUAGUUGUUAAUUAUUAUUACUACUAGUUAAAUUUGCAUAUUUUCAAUAAUAGAAUGUGCCAAGAAAAGUUAAUCUUAAUGAUUAUAUAAAUAAUGUUGUAAUAUUAUCCUUGACAUAGACACACUAUUCCUCCAAAUGCCGUUCUUAUCUUUGA